AUGUCUCUAGAGAAGAUCGACCUUGUGACACCACCCAAAUGCACUGCAGACUUUUGCCUCAUCCCGCUCGGCACACCCACAGCCUCCGUGUCGGCGGAAAUUGCAGAGGUGCAGCGCCUGAUGAAGAGAAGCGGACUGAAGUAUAGCAUGCAUUCAGCCGGAACGACUGUCGAAGGAUCUUGGGACGAUGUCAUGCGAUUGAUCGGCCAAGCACACACGCUUCUUCAUCAGAAGGGCGUGGUACGUAUCCAAAGCGACAUACGUGUAGGCUCUCGCACAGAUAAAGCGCAGACCAUGGAGGAUAAAGUCUCGGCGGUGGAGAAAUUGCUUGCCGGGGACAAAGCCUGA